GCUCAGUUCCCUGUGCAUUCUCCCCUUCCAUCUGGUAAGACUUCACUCAUCCACAACCACCGAACCGAGUAUGGCGUCGCGCUACGAAGUGGAGGUGACCGUAUCGUCGGCCAGGGACCUCAAGAACGUGAACUGGCGCCACGGCCCGAUCCGCCCCUACGCCGUCGUCUGGGUCGACCCCAGCAACAAGUGCUCCACCAAGGUCGACGACGAGGGCGACACGUCUCCCAUCUGGGACGCGACCCUCGUCAUCCCCUUGCCCCCCGGCCCCAUCGAGGACAAGACCCUCUACAUCGACGUCGUCCAUGCCGGCUCCGAGGAGGACACCAAGCCCCUGAUCGGAUCCGCUCGGAUCAAGCUCCGCGACGUCCUCGACGAUGCCGGCUUCGGCGACCCUCUCAAGCGCAGCCUCCAGCUGAAGCGCCGCUCGGGCCGCCCGCAUGGCAAGGUCGAGGUCAAGGUCUGCGUGAGGGAGCCGCGUUACGGCGCCCCCGAUCCUCACCGUGCGCCCCCCUACGGGGUCCAGUCGGCUACAAGGGAGUACGCGCCCCCGGCGUACGGCAACCCUUACGCGGCUCCGCAGCCCAACCCGUACUACGCGGCGGCGCCUCCGGCUGGUGGCUACGGCUACGGCGGGUACAAUGCUCCGCCGCAGCAGUACGGGCAGCCGAGCUACGGGCAGGCGCCGCAGUACGGAUACGGCGGGGAGCCGGCGGCUGCGUACGGGCAGGAGGAGAAGAAGAAGAGCAAGUUCGGGGGGAUGGGGAUGGGGACGGGGCUGGCCGUGGGCGCGGUGGCGGGGGCUCUCGGUGGACUGGCCCUCGCGGAGGGGUUCGAUCACCUGGAGGACAAGAUCGCCGAUGACGCGGCGGACAAGGUGGAGGAUGAUAUCGGCUACGACGAGGGAGAGGAUGACUUCUAGGGGAGCCGGCUCUUGUCUUUUCGUUUUCCCUUCAAAGUUUUUAUCGUUUUCUGGGGGAGCUUCUUUGCGGAUGAUGUUGGCGUGCGUUUUUAUGUGUCAAAUUUUACCGAAUGUAACGCAUAAGCAAACUCUAUAAUCUUAUUUUAUUUCUCGAUCAUGUCAACAUGACGUUUUCUUCU